AUGUUACCAGGUGUUCAGUUUGCACAAGAGACGCAGGGAGAGAGUCAGCACAAGAGACGCAGGGAGAGAGUCAGCACAAGAGACGCAGGGAGAGAGUCAGCACAAGAGACACAGGGAGAGAAGACACAGGGAGAGAGUCAGCACAAGAGACGCAGGGAGAGAGUCAGCACAAGACACACAGGGAGAGAGUCAGCACAAGACACACAGGGAGAGAGUCAGCACAAGAAACGCAGGGAAAGAGUCAGCACAAGAGACGCAGGGAGAGAGUCAGCUCAAGAAACGCAGGGAGAGGGUCAGCACAAGAGACGCAGGGAGAGAGUCAGCACAAGAGACGCAGGGAGAGAGUCAGCACAAGAGACGCAGGGAGAGAGAGUCAGCACAAAUGACCCAGGGAGAGAGUCAGCACAAGACACACAGGGAGAGUCAGCACAAGACACACAGGGAGAGAGUCAGCACAAGACACACAGGGAGAGAGUCAGCACAAGAGACACAGGGAGAGAGUCAGCACAAGAGACACAGGGAGAGAGUCAGCACAAGACACACAGGGAGAGUCAGCACAAGACACACAGGGAGAGAGUCAGCACAGAGACGCAGGGAGAGAGUCAGCACACGAGACACAGGGAGAGAGUCAGCACAAGAGACACAGGGAGAGAGUUAGCACAAGAGACGCAGGGAGAGAGUCAGCACAAGAGACACAGGGAGAGAUCUCCCUGUGCCUCUAACGAGCCUCUCCCUCUCCCCUCCCCCCCCCCCUUAGGCCUCGACUGGUUCUCCCUCUUCGCCCUCCUCGGCCUCGUGGGCGUGUGUGCGGCGCUCGUGGUCACUGUGCACAGACUCAACACGCAGAUUGCAGCCGAGAGGAAGGCCUUCAACGUGCAGAUCCAGGAACUAGAAGCCGAGGUGUCUGCCGCCCGCGCUGAGGUCACGGUGGCAGAGAGCGAGAAACUGGAAGCACUUUCGAGGGUCACAGGGUUGGAGAAUCAGGUCUCCGAGGCUAAGGAUCUCGCCAAGGAGUUCAAGGCCGAGCUGGACAAGUCGAAGCAGGACCUCGAGGAAGCGAACAAGGAGAAGGACGACCUGGCACUCAAGCUAGACUCGUUGGAGCCUCAACUGAAGAGCCUGCAACAAGAGCAAGAAAUUCUCAAGAAAACCAACAGCGAUUUGAGGGAGGCGAAGGAAGGUCUCGAGACACACUCGAAGGCUGUGAAAGAAAAUCUGGUCAAAGCUACAAUUGACCUUGAAACAACCAGCCAGGAGAACUUUGACCUUAGUGGCAAGGUCGAGGCUUUGGAGCUCAAAGUCUCCGACCUUCUGGAGCAACUUUCCACGUCCUUGGCUGAGCACAAGGGCCUGGAAGCGACUCACCAAAGCCUCGAGGAGAGUCACCACAAGCUCGAGCAGAGUCGCCAGGAACUCGCCAAGGCACACCAAGAACUCGACGAGAGUCAUAAAGAAAUGGGUGAGAGCUUUCGAGAGCUCCAGCAGGUGCACGCAGACCUCCAGGAGAGUCACGAGGCGCUCAGGAAGAGUCACGGAGAGCUCUCGCACAGUCACCAGGCGGACAAGGAGGCUUUGGCACUGACGAAGGCGCAAGUGGCUGACCUCUCCUCGCAGCUGGAAAGUUCCCUGAAGAGCUUUAAAACCCUGAGCAAGAGCCACGAGGAGCUUAAGCUGAGGGAGAUCGAGAUGAAGACCCUCGAGAAGGAACUUAAGUCCACGCUGGAGAGGUCAGUCGACGAAUUCUUAAUCUUUAAGGAGAAAUAUGAAGUCUUGAAGAAGAGGGAAAUCUUCAUGAAGGACUCGCUCUCGACCCUCCGCGACGAGCUCAAGGACUCCCAGGAGCUCGUCGAGGAGAAGACCCGGAUCGAAGACGCCCUCAGGAGAAGGACCAAGAAGCUGGAGGAUGAGCGAACCUCCCUCACGCGCGACCUUGAGAAGCUGAAGAGCCGUUCGGAGGAGCAGGCAGAGACGCUGCGGAAUCAGCAGGAGAGGAUUCACGAGGCCUCCGAGCAGAUACUCCGGAGAAGUGGGUCGCCUCAAGGAGCAGCUCGGCCAGAAGGAGGUCCAACUCAACGAAGUCAAGGAACAACUUGACGGAAAAGCAUCUGACGUCAACGACCUCACGGCCCAAGUGCAGCGGACGGAGGUCGAGGCGGCGGCCGUGCGGGGCAUCCUGGAGAGCACGCAGGCGACGCUGGACCAAGCUUACGCCAAGAUCUCUCAGCUGGAGGCCCAGGGAGAUGAGGAGAUGAAGAACGUAAAGACGGAACUCGCAGCAUCCAGACAGGCGCUCGCUCAGAGGGACAGUUCUAUCGCAGCUCUCACGGAGAAGACAGCUGAACUACAGAGGGCUGUCGACGAGAAGGCAACAAGCGAAGCCACACUGACGCAGACUAAUGCCAACCUGCAGAACCGCCUCGCGCAGCUGGAGACACACGUCCACCAACAGCAGGAGGAGGUGCGCGCCCGUGACGCCCGCCUUCAGGAGCACGACGCCCUUGCCGCACAGAGGGAACAGGAACUCCACAAGGCCGCCGCAGAUCUCGCCAGCCUCAGGGAAACCGUCAGCCUGAGGGACUCUACGGUGAUGGAGCUGCAG